AAAACACACACAGACACACACACACACACACAAAUCACGGAACGGCACUUCGCGAGCAGCACAAAGAAAAGCUGAAGGCUGCGCAGGGGCUCCAUCGAACGCGCGGGUCGCGCAUUAUUAUAUUAUAACGCUCAGCAGCUUUUCCGUGUGACGCGCAAAGCAAAGCGAAGCGAAGCGAAGCGCAGCAGGAGGAUCAUGGAGGCGCCACCGCUGCUGCUGCUGCUGCUGCCGCUCGCUGUGGCCGCGCUGCUCGCCGUCGUCGGGCCCCCGCCGGUCACCGGCAGCCCCAGUCCGCUGGAGGACGUGGUCAUCGAGCGACACUACAUCCCCAAGCUGUGCGCCCGGGAGGUGCAGAUCGGGGACUUCGUGCGCUACCAUUACAACGGCACGUUCACGGACGGCAAGAGGUUCGACUCGAGCCACGACCGCGGCACUCCGUUCAUUGGCCAAGUGGGGCUCGGGCGGCUCAUCACGGGAAUGGACCGCGGCAUUCAGGGCAUGUGCGUCAACGAGCACCGCAGGGUGACCGUCCCUCCGCACCUGGCCUACGGCAGUCUUGGUGCAGGUAAUGUGAUCCCCCCUGACACUACGCUGAUAUUUGACCUGGUUCUGCUGGACAUCUGGAACGCGGAGGACAAGGUGGAGACGCACACGCUGAGCAAACCCGAGGGCUGCGUCCGCACCGUGCAGGCGUCUGACUUUGUUCGCUACCACUACAACGGUUCGCUGCUGGAUGGGACCCCCUUUGACUCCAGUCGCAACAGAAAGCAGACCUACGAUACCUACGUGGGGCAGGGCUACCUGAUCCAGGGGAUGGAAGAGGGGCUUCUGGGCAUGUGUGUCGGGGAGAGGAGGACUGUCAUCAUACCCCCCUUUUUGGCCUAUGGAGAGAAAGGAUACGGCACGACAAUCCCUCCGCAAGCUAGCCUGAUGUUUGACGUCCUCCUCGUGGACCUGCACAACCCUAAAGAUGAUAUUAUUAUGGACAACCAAGUAGUGCCCGAGUCCUGCGCUCGCAAGUCGGUUGUGGGAGACUUCAUGCGCUACCACUACAACGGCACCUUCCUGGACGGUACCCCGUUUGACUCCAGCUACCAGCGCAACAGCACGUACAACACCUACAUUGGCCUGGGCUACGUUAUCCCGGGUAUGGACAAGGCAUUGCAAGGGUUGUGCAUCGGGGAGAAGCGCCGGAUUACCGUGCCCCCUCAUAUGGCCUAUGGGGAAAACGGCUCCGGAGACGUCAUUCCCGGUUCCGCUGUGCUCGUCUUCGACAUUCACGUCAUCGACUUCCACAACCCCAAGGACACCGUGGAAAUCAGGGUAACCCAGAAGCCCGAGGAGUGCAACCUUACGUCCGCUGCCAACGACCUCAUCCGGUACCGCUACAACUGCUCCCUGCUGGAUGGCACGCUUAUCUACUCCUCCGACCACCAAGAGAAACCUCCGGAAACGGUCCUGGGGACCUUCCGGGUCAUCGAAGGGCUGGAUGAGGGUCUGCGUGACAUGUGUGUCGGAGAGAGGAGGGUGGUCAUCGUGCCCCCCCACCUGGGCCACGGAGAGAAUGGAGCACGGGAUGUUCCAGGUAGCGCGGUGCUGCUCUUUGAACUGGAGCUGACGCACAUCCAGAAGGGAGUGCCGGAGGGGUAUCUGUUUGUGUGGCUGGAGGACAGUCCGGAGCCCAUCUACCAGGCUAUGGACCUGAAUAAGGAUAAAGAAGUUCCCCUGGAGGAGUUCUCGGAAUUCAUCAAGAUGCAGGUGGCAAACGGCAAAGGCCGCCUCCUGCCCGGCCGCGAUCCCGACGUUGUCAUCAAAGACAUGUUUGACAACCAGGACCGCAACAAGGACGGCAGGGUGACGGAGGACGAGCUGAAGCUUAAGGUAGACGAGGACAACGAGAAGCUUCGACACGAGGAACUGUGAGGCGGACGGGGAGGCUUGGCUGCGCGCCGUUGCAAGGACGCGUGGGAGCGGAUGGAGACUGACGCGGAGGGAUGCCGUCAAAGUGGCCCCCAAUUUUUUUUUUUUUUUUUUUUUUUUUUUUAUAUACUGCAUUCACUCAAUCAGGAAGCACCACCAACAUCCGGCACACCCAGUUCCAGGUUAUGUUGUUCCGUUCAUAAUCCGCAUUUUUAAUUUCUAUUUAUUAUUUUAGAGAGAACGAGCGAACUACCUAUUAUUUACGAAUACUCGCAAAACGUGACUGAACCUGGCAAGUUCUGGCAACGAAUUUGCCCACAUUCCGUCUGAAAUAUAAAACGGGAGCUCCCGAGGAUAUGAAUAUAUGAUCCGUCGUAUCUUUGUCCUCCUGAAGUUAGUUUUACGCAAUAAUAUUCUGCCAGAGACAUGAUGUUAAAGACGGCCGUCAGACUGCGGAAUUGUCGCGCUGUCUGCUCUAGAAAUAGCUCUCGAAGAGGUUGGAACAACAGCAGAGCUUUUCUGAGCUGUUCAGCAAACACCUCCUCAUCUGUUGCUUCUCACCAUCCAGGCUGAUGAAUUUUAGACAGAUCCUGAAAUUUUUACCCUCCAGUGUUGAGAUUCUAUCAUGACUGUAGAGCUCUGAGAAACAUUCCAGAUUUUUAAGUUUGGCUUAUCCCUUUUCCUGUUUUUUUUUUUUUUUUCCUUUCUUUCUUCUUCCAAAAA